GGGAGGCCGACAGAGAACAUGUUGAUUUUCCUGCUUUCCUCACCCACCCCCACACCCCCAAACACAUGCACAAAAGUGUGCAAGUCCUCUGAGAAGCCGGCAGCAGUGGGCUUCUGAUCUGGCCCCCUCUGUCAUAGGCAACCACUGUCGGGAAAAGUGCACGCUGGAAAAUUCAGGAAGAAGAAAGCUGGGAAAAAGCUGCGUCUGAAAAGAAGCGAUUUCCUUCUUGAACACUCGAGCCGUCGCUCUUGUUACCCAAGGACAGUAAUUUUGCCACACGGAGAGGGGGAAACUGAGGCUGAGACAGUCAGUAACUUGCCGAAAAUCACCAAGCUAAGAAGUGUUCAGGAAUUCAAACCCAGAUCUAAUCAAGUCAAGGGCCUCCCCACCUUCUGGAGAAUGGCUUCUGCUUGGCGGAGACUGGGUUUCUAUGUCUGUUUCCUGAAAAGCAAGCUAAAUGGUGGGCCAGAUAUCAUCAGCAGAGGAAGGAGAGUAAUCCCGGGAUGUGCCAGAGGUAUUUACAGUGCCACGGGGACGUGGACGAAAGAGUACACGUUGCAGACGAGGAAGGAUGUCGAGAAUUGGUGGCAUAAACGAAUAAAAGAAGAAACCUCCAAGAUAUCAGAAGCUGAUAAAUCAAAGCCCAAGUUUUACGUGCUUUCCAUGUUCCCUUACCCUUCCGGAAAGUUGCACAUGGGCCACGUGCGCGUAUACACCAUCAGCGACACCAUUGCACGGUUCCAGAAGAUGAGAGGGAUGCAGGUCAUCAACCCCAUGGGAUGGGAUGCGUUUGGACUGCCUGCCGAAAAUGCAGCAAUCGAGCGGAAUCUCCAUCCAGAAAGUUGGACGCAAAGUAAUAUUAAACACAUGAGGAAGCAGCUUGAUCAGCUGGGCCUGUGCUUCAGCUGGGAUAGGGAAAUAACUACAUGUUUGCCAGAUUACUACAAGUGGACUCAGUACCUCUUUAUUAAACUCUAUGAGGCUGGACUGGCCUAUCAAAAGGAGGCCUUGGUCAACUGGGACCCAGUGGAUCAAACGGUGCUUGCCAACGAGCAGGUGGAUGAGCAUGGCUGUUCGUGGCGUUCUGGAGCAAAGGUGGAACAGAAGUACCUCAGACAGUGGUUUAUUAAGACAACUGCUUAUGCAAAGGCCAUGCAGGACGCGCUGGCAGACCUUCCAGAAUGGUAUGGAAUAAAAGGCAUGCAGGCCCACUGGAUCGGGGACUGUGUGGGCUGCCAUCUGGACUUCACAUUGAAGGUGGACGGGCGCGUCACGGGAGAAAAGCUGACGGCCUACACGGCGACCCCCGAGGCCAUUUACGGCACCUCCCACGUCGCCAUCUCUCCCAGCCACAGACUCCUGCACGGGCACAGCUCUCUGAAGGAAACCUUUCGGAAGGCACUCGUCCCUGGCCAAGACUGCCUCACGCCCGUGACGGCCGUGAACAUGCUCACCCAGCGGGAGGCCCCUGUCGUUAUCUUGGCCAAAGCUGACUUUGAGGGCUCUCUGGAUUCCAAAAUAGGAAUUCCCAGCACCAGCCCAGAGGACGCCAGCUUAGCCCAAACCCUGGGCCUCCCCUACUCCGAAGUCAUCGAGACUUUGCUGGAUGGCACAGAGAGACUCCGAAGCUCUGCUGAGUUCACAGGCAUGAACCGGCAGGAUGCGUUUCUAGCCUUGACUCAGAAAGCCCGGAGGAAGAGAGUCGGUGGAGACGUGACGAGUGACAAACUGAAGGACUGGCUGGUCUCGCGACAGCGGUACUGGGGCACGCCCAUCCCCAUGGUCCACUGCCCGGCCUGUGGCCCCGUACCGGUGCCUCUGCAGGAUUUGCCCGUGACCUUGCCCCACAUCACAGCUUUUACCGGCAAGGGAGGCUCCCCCCUGGCCACGGCUUCGGACUGGGUGAACUGCGCCUGCCCGAGGUGCAAGGGAGCCGCCAAGAGAGAGACAGACACAAUGGAUACCUUUGUUGAUUCUGCUUGGUACUACUUUAGAUAUACCGACCCGCAGAAUGCUCACAGCCCUUUUAGCGCCGCCUUGGCAGAUUACUGGAUGCCUGUGGAUUUGUACAUCGGAGGGAAGGAACACGCUGUCCUGCACUUGCUCUACGCGAGAUUCUUCAGUCAUUUUUGCCACGAUCAAAACAUGGUCAAGCACAGAGAGCCUUUUCAUAAGCUGCUGGCCCAAGGCCUUAUCAAGGGGCAGACAUUCCGCCUGCCGUCUGGACAAUAUCUACAGAGAGAGGAAGUAGAUCUCACAGGGUCUGUUCCUGUUCACGCAAACACGAAGGAGACGGUGGAGGUGACGUGGGAGAAGAUGAGCAAGUCCAAACACAACGGGGUGGACCCCCAGGAGGUCGUAGGGCGUUACGGCAUCGACACCAUCCGGCUGUACAUCCUCUUCGCCGCCCCUCCCGAGAAGGAUAUCUUGUGGGAUGUGAAGUCUGACGCCCUCCCCGGGGUGCUAAGAUGGCAACAGCGUCUGUGGGCCUUGGUGACCCGCUUCAUCGAGGCCAGGGCUUCUGGGACACUUCCCCAGCCCCAAGUGCUGAGUAACGAGGAGAGAGCCGAGGGCAGGAAGCUCUGGGAGCACAAGAACUCGGUCAUCUCUGAGGUGACCGCCCAUUUCACAGAGGACUUCUCACUGAACUCGGCAAUCUCUCAGCUGAUGGGAUUCAGCAAUGCCCUCCUGACUGGAGUGCCACCACCUCGCCAGGCUGGUUUUUAUCGGGACUCGCCCAGCGUGCCUCGACAACCGCCAGCCUCUGGGAAACUCAGUGAUGUCCUUCCCCACAGCCACGUCGGGAUGGCCCCUCUCCUUCCCCGCCGUCCUUGGACCACACUCGCCACAAGCCUCGCAGAGAGUCGUCCUCCACAGCCCCGAGUUCGAGGACGCUGUGUGUGCCCUGACCGUGAUGGCUGCCCCGAUGGCCCCUCACAUCACCUCGGAGCUCUGGGCAGGCCUGCAACAGGUGCCCGGGAAGCUGUGUGCCCACUAUGCCUGGGACGCCGGUGUGCUGCUUCAGGCGUGGCCGGCCGUGGACCCGCAGUUCCUUCAGCAGCCCGACGUCGUGGAGAUGGCCGUCCUGGUGCUCGUGUCGGGAUCACCGCUUCGCACAGUCAGGGCAUUGACGGAAGGGGACGUGGGACCUUGGCUGUAAAGAGGAGCAGCAUUACCCUAGUGCAGAAGAGGUUGCCUGGUCGGCAGAAGCAAAGGGGGGAGCGCCCUCGGGGACAUUGGGACGAUCAACAACAAAGCCUGCGGCAAAAUCCCCGUGCCCCAGCGAGUCUCGAGGGACCAGGACAAAGUCCACGAACUCGUCCUCCAAAGCGAGCUGGGUGUCAGGCUCUUGCAGGGGCGAAGCAUCAAGAAAGCGUUCCUCUCCCCCAGAACGGCCCUCAUCAACUUCCUGGUGCAGGACUGACGGCAGGGAGGAGGAAGGGGUAGGGGUAGGGGGGCGCUGGCCCAGGGUGGGGAAACGACGGAUGUCUUGAACGCUCACCCUCGUCCUCUGACGGACGGGUAUGGGUGGCGAGCCUCUGUGGCGGGGCCUGGUGCAGGGGUGGGGACGGGUGUGGGCAGAGCAGAAGGACUCUCGAAGGCGGAGGGGUGGGGCAGCCCCUGCAGGUGGAGGAAGCCAUCUGACCCCGCGCGAAGCCACCAGAGGUACGGCCGGGUGUCUGCAGGAAGGCGAGAAGAGAAGUGAGAACGCACGUGUGCCUCUCGAGCAGCCUGGGAGCUUCUGACCCCCAGAAACUGCACGGCCUUCAACGCACCCCGGGAACGGGAGGGCGAACUGAGGACCCACGCACGGUAUUUGGGUCGUGUCCAAAUGCCCAGAUUGUGGCGUAGACGCUGCGGUCUUCAGAAGCCACUAGGAACCAGAAGGCAAGCGGGGCGGGUUCCUCUACAGGUGUCCCCGCCUCCUGGGGUGAAGCACCACUUCCUACCCUCUCUCGGGGUGCGACAUUUGGUGCGCAGUGAGGCGGGACCACGCCGGGUCGGACCUCAUAUGGAACCAAUCGCAGGGCCUACCGCGGCCCCGCGCGGUGUCUGCUCAUGUGGGCCCCAGAUGCCACCACCGCCGUCGAUGUGGCCGCCGGAGCCCAUCGUGAGAAGCGCGAGCUCGCCACGGAGGAGUGGCCCAGAGCCACCGGGUGUUGCCUUCUUGUUCAGGCCGCCACCGUCUGGCAGCCGGGGAGGCGGCUGGGGACGGACCCCUAUCGUUGGUGUCAUUAGGAUAACCGGGUCCUAUGUGAUGUCAGCAAUUGGGUGCUCUGAGCAGAAGCAGCCAAAGCCACUGAUUAACAUUUAAUGGGGAAGUGGAGGAGAAUCUCGCCAUUUUGUGAUCCUGAAAAUCUGUAUUUGUUUUCUGAUGCCAUUUUUCUGAGGUAACCUCAGAUGAGGUAGCCUGCAGUUGAACAGCUAACAGAUGACUUUUUUUUUAACGUAAUAAAAUGUUUGUCAUGUGCGA